AAGCUCCUGCGACGAGGCGUGGCCCGCGUGAGUAUACGAGGUGUGCGUGGCGUUUCCUGAAGGAGCAUUGGAAAAGCCCUUCGCGUGAGAGAGGGAUCGUCGUCGGCUGCGAGAACAGGGAGAGAUCUGCGUGUUCCGCGUGGAGAGGAUUGGGUGCGGUUUUGUCAUCAGUGGGGACUGUGUGGUGAUCCUGUUGUCACCUCCCGCUGACGUGUGAGUGACCGGUUGUCUGAGGAGCAGGCAGUCGUUCACUCGGCACCAGCCUUCCCAUGUAUAUAUUGGGAGUACUGGGAGUACUCGCCCUGUUGAGGAUGACGCUCGCCAACCACAGCAAUGUCAGAGGUCAGCGGAGAGCAUCACGACACACAAACGCAUCGAAAGGGAGAGAUCGGAUGGAGAUGGGAGGAGAGGGUGGUGAUUGAAGGUGGCUGUGGUGUGGCCUCUCGUGUGUGUGCAGGUGUCGCAUCAUCAUCAGAGGGCGUGAGGCGCGUGUCCUCAACCCCUGCGUCAGAAGACACCUCUCUCCCAUCGCUUGCCGACUUCCCCGACACACUCCCAGCGAGAAGAAGAGCACAAACAACAGGUAGCAUUCCUUUCCUCUGUCUGAUGUGAUGUUCAUCGCACUUUCCUCUGCAUCUGAUGCCAAAUCGCCUGUCUAUCCUAUCAGGGGAGGAGCCGUCUGGAUCGGGUAUGACUGGGGACGGUCUGACGAAUAGUGUCAGUGAGUCAGAGGGGGCCACCAGUGCUGCUGCUGGGAGGCAGCGGAGCCUGGCGCGGCAGCCGUCACCGGCAGAGAGGGGGGAGGGCCACUCAUCGCGAUCCCACAGCCCGCCAUUCAGACAACUCCAAGGUACGAAGUAGCUGACGUACGGACGGACCACCAUGCAGUAGAGAGGGUCGGCAAUGGUUCGUCGAGUGACGGCUUCGCUGCCUCCCAAAGCAGACUGAUGGCCUCCUGAGAGGACCCACAGUGCCAUGCCGCGCAAUGCAUUGCAUGUCUUCACACACAAGCCAGCAUCCCUCUCAUGUCUGGCGUGGUCUUCUGGUGUGUGUGGUGUGUGUCAGGUUGCACCGCAUCUCGGCAGGAGUUUUGUCGUCGGAACGGCUGUCCACCGGCGUGCUGGAUGGACUACGGAUGCGACUGCUGACCCACAAAGCGGCCCGGCGACAUCAUCCAGCCCCCUCUUUACCCACAACCACCCCUCUCUGCAACCCCCUCCCCGUCCAACCCUUUCCCCUUUUGUGGCGCACACCAUCGGCGGAUCGGCGUGUUUAUAGGCAGUGUGUGGACCGAUGGCCGGCAGACGGGCACACACGUUUGUGGGUGGUCGAGGCGCCCGUUCCCAUCCCUCUCCCCCCCAUUCCAUUCUUUCUUCCUGUCGGUGCUAUCCAUGCCAUGCAUUCGGUGGGUCUGCUUGACGAGCGGGCGGCCUCGGCUGGUGGUGUGGCGGGAGUGUGGAUAUUGUGUAAGUGACAUACAUACUAGGCGUAGGCAGGCGGAGCUCACAGGAGGCGGAGCUCAUGGCAUGGGAGGGGGGGCUUCUUUCUCGCUGUCGAUGUGAUGUGCAUGGGGGUGGGGCUACGUUCCGUCAGUGUCUGUCGUGUGUUGUGUGUCGUGACUGUGUGAAUGUCAUAAUGUCUGAGGGAGGGGACGCCCUUUUCUCCCUUUUUGUUUGUGUCAAGACCGCUCAUCCACCUGCCUUGCUCGUGUUCUGACUGACUUGUGCUUUCCUUUGGUACAUACUUACUGGCUGACGGCUCUUCCCUCCUUCUGUGUCUGCCUGACCUGAUAGAGAGAGGCUGGCUGUUUGGCUCGUUACACGCCCGUGAUCGCACCAACGAAUGCAUCGCUACUGUGUGCGUGCCUGGUUGUCUCUCUCUCUCACCACCCACUCGCUCACCCGCCAUGCAGGCUUGGCUGCCAUUCUCUCUCAGCAGUUGCCGGCCGUCCUUUUUCAUCCCUGUCUGUUGAUGCGCGCGUCGUAGUAUGUAUCGCGUCUAUCCUUUGCACACCUUUCUCGCUCUCUCUCUCUCUCUCUCUGAGUGUGUGUGGGGGGGUGGGGGGCUGGCUGGCUCGGGGGCUUACUUCUUGCAUGUGAUAUGUGUCUCCCUGCCCACCCCACCCGGAUGGGUGAUAGGAUGCAUUGCAUCAACGGUCUAUCUGCCGCCCCGCCCCGCCCCGCCCCGCCCCAUUUAUCUGUACAUAUCCUUCAAUCGCUACACGGGCAGGCAGACACUCCUAUCCACUGACGGGCGGGGGCGAAAGGGGACAAGAGCAAUCGAUGUGUGUGUAUGGUUGACUGGUCGGCCUGCUGUUCUGCUCUUCCAUACGUACGUGUGUGGGUUGUCUGUACAGCUGGCUGGCUGGGGUCGGACGGACGGGAUGGAUGGGCACGUUGGAGGGCAACCGAGACCAGAAAGAUCGCUCUAUCUAUCACCAUACCAGUAUGUGAUUGAUGUGUACUGGCUGCCUGGCUACGUAUGCAUUUUUGGUCUCAGGUAAGGGAGGCGGACUUCAUCCAUCGUGUGUGUAUUCAUGUCACGUGUGUGUGUUCACGUCUGUCUACGCAUGUGUGAGUGGUUCGGCUGUCUCGCUUCGUCACCACUUUUCUUUGUAAUCACAUCAAUCGCACGCACCCAUAGUCACACCCCACCCACACAGCCACCUCUGCUGCACUGCAUCGGUCGUACUUUUGCAAGGAUGGGCCGGCAGGUGGGUGGCGUUUUUAAUCGCACCGACAGCACAGGCCUAAUUCGAUUCGUCAGACAGGCAGAUGGAUGGCCUACUACCAGCAGCAUUUCCCUCUCUCUCCUUUCGUAGCCUCUUUUCUGAUGGGUGAGUUCAGAGGCUGUGUAGGCCUGAGGCCUGGGCGACGGUGCAUUGCAUUCCCAUACACCCUCUCGCCUGGCUGUGCACACACGCCCGGAUGGACAGACAGGUUUGCUUCAUUUUGUAGUUGCCUGCCUGCCUUUGUUGCUUGCUUUGCCGCGCCACACACACUGCAUUCCCCGACUGGCUGGAUGAACGAAUGGAUGGAUUAUGACAUGUAUGUGUGUGAAUGUUGUGCGCUGUCAUGUGAUGGAUGAGUGGAUGAGUGUCUGUCUGUCUGUCUGUGAGACUGAGGGAGAGAGGCUUAUCGUCAUCCGGGUCUGCGUGUGAGUGUCACUCUCUCCGAUCGCCUCGCCUCGCCUGCCUUUUUUCUGUCGAUGAUCGAUCACAGAGGUCCGCAGACUGACUGCCUCGUCUCACUGCUGCCCGCCCCCUGUGUGUCUCUGUCUGUCUGUCUGUCUGAAUGUCUGAAUGUCUGUGGGUGCGUGUGUACCGAGUCACGGACACAUAUCCACCCACCCCUCCACCAUCGACUGAUUGAUGUGAUUGGUGUCCGGUGUAUUUAUGACCCAUCCAUUGAUGUGUGUGCAUGUGAUGUGAUGUGUCGUGUGAGUGGACAAAGCCCGUGACGUGACUGACUUGUGCUCUCCGUGUCUGAUGUGCCACUCAACUGAAUACUCA